CUCUCUCUCUCUCUCAUAAUCUAUUUUCCUUCCAAUUGUUGUGUGAUUAGUAUGUGGCUGAUUGCAGCAGCAGCACUAGUUGUGGUGAGCAUUACACAUUGGGUGUACAGGUGGCGAAAUCCUAGGUGUAAUGGAAAUCUGCCCCCUGGUUCAAUGGGGUGGCCAUUACUCGGUGAGACCAUACAGUUUUUCGCCCCUAACCCAACUUGGGAUACGCCUCCCUUUGUUAAAGAGAGAAUGAAAAGAUACGGGGCGAUAUUCAAAACUAAUCUUGUUGGGCGGCCAGUCAUAGUCUCAACUGAUUCAGAUCUUAAUUAUAUGAUCUUCCAACAAGAGGGUCAACUGUUUCAAAGCUGGUAUCCAGAUAGCUUUACGGAAGUGUUUGGAAGACAAAAUGUAGGGUCUUUGCAUGGCUACAUGUACAAGUAUCUCAAGAACAUGGUGCUCUACUUAUUUGGUCCAGAAAGCCUUAAGAAGAUGCUUCAUGAAGUCGAACACGUAGCAACAACAAACUUACACAAAUGGGCUGCCAAGGAAUCAGUGGACUUGAAGGAAGCAACUGCAAACAUGAUAUUUGAUCUAACCGCUAAAAAGUUGAUAAGUUAUGAUCCAGAAAAGUCAUCUGAGAACCUAAGGGAAAGUUUUGUAGCUUUUAUACAGGGAUUAAUCUCCUUCCCUUUGGACAUUCCUGGAACAGCUUACCACAAGUGUCUACAGGGAAGAAAGAAAGCGAUGACAGUGCUCAAGAACAUGUUAGAAGAAAGACGAGCGAAUCCUAGGAAACUCAAAACUGAUUUCUUUGACUAUGUACUUGAAGAACUCGAUCGAGGUGAUUCCAUCCUUACAGAAGCAAUUGCCCUAGACUUGAUGUUUGUACUUCUGUUUGCAAGCUUUGAAACAACUUCACUAGCUAUAACAGUAGCUGUCAAGCUUCUCAGAGACAACCCUCGGGUAUUGCAAGAACUAACGGAAGAGCAUGAGAAUAUCCUUAGAAACAGAGAGAAUACAGAGUCUGGACUUACAUGGAAAGAAUACAAGUCAAUGACAUUCACGUUUCAGCUUAUUAAUGAAACAGUCCGUUUGGCUAACAUAGUUCCAGGAGUGUUCAGAAAGGCACUAAAAGAUAUCAAGUUCAAAGACUAUACGAUUCCAGCCGGUUGGGCGGUAAUGGUAUGCCCCCCGGCCGUUCACUUAAAUCCUGCCAAUUAUAAGGAUCCACUAGAGUUCAAUCCAUGGAGAUGGAAGAGGAUGGAUCAGAAAGGUGCAUCAAAGAACUUUAUGGCCUUUGGUGGUGGCAUGAGGUUUUGUGUUGGAACAGAUUUCACUAAAGUCCAGAUGGCAGUGUUUCUGCACUGUUUGGUCACUAAAUACAGAUGGAAAACAGUGAGAGGAGGAGAAAUCGUACGAACACCAGGUUUACAGUUUCCAAAUGGCUUUCAAGUUCAGAUGAUCGCCAAAGACAAACAGAAUCAAGAUCCAACAUCAGAAUGUGAUCAGGGGAGUAGAGACUUUUAAAACAGAAUGAGGUUGCAGAAAAGCUUACAGCAGACGGUAGGCUCCUAUUGUGUAGAAAAUUUGGGAAAAGAAUCACAAAGUUCCUGAAUAGUUUUGGUCAGGAUCAUGUAAAGCUAGAUGCUGUUAAAGUGUUUUGGUAUUAGAAAAUGCAUGUUUACAGAAAGAAAAAAAAUGAGAAAUGUGUGAUGUUCUAUAUGACGGACGACACAUUCCUAAUA